CUCUGUUAGGUAAGAGGCUCAAGAAUCUCGCUUCACAGCAUCUGGCAUUACACCCCAGCAACAGAAGCGCCUGUGUCCUUGCAGGGUGAAGCCCAUUGACCAAUCUCGGAUCAGAGUGCAAGGACCUCCUCUUCGUUGCAUUUCAUCACACAAAACCCGCAGAGGGAUCGUGCACUGGGUGGUAGCGGAGCAACAAUUAGGAUGCCUGGCUCCAGUGCAGCAACGUCAUCUGGCCAGGGAGGCGAGGCGUCGCAGCAGCAAAAGCAGAGCAGCGGUGCAACCGGCAACAGCAGCAGGCCCCCCAGCGCCUAUGAGAGGCGAGCUUCUCAGCAAGACACUAAUGCCAGCGCUGGACCUUCUCAGCCUUCUGCCCUUCCCCCUUUCUCAAAGAGAGCUCGACAGAUUCAGGAGGAAUCUGGAGUCAACCUUCCCGUCGCAGCUCCUGUCUCUCCACGCAGCUCAGUGUCUGGUGGUCACUACCGACCGCCAGCCUUGAGAGAAUCUGCCUCUUUCACCCUCGAGUCUCUCAACGAGAUCCUACGGCCUGUCCAGCAUCCACAGGGUAAUCGUCACUCCAUUAGCACACUAUCCCAGCCAGCGACAAAGGGACGAGACAGAGCGGGCACCCUGCCUUCUUCUUGGUCUGGCCAAGGUGAGCAACUCCUUCCUGCUCGUCCUCGGGAGAGACUUGGGUCAGACUUCCAACCCACCAGCAGAUCUGGCAAUAGCAGCCCACUCCUGUCCGGUGAAGCAGGCGACGGAGGCGCUGCUGCAUUCGGAGACGGUCUUCCCAAGAGACUGGGCUCGAUCGGCUCUAUACCUACUCUCGGUAACUUCGGCAGGAGACAGACCGCAGGGCCUUCCACUCUGUCGUUGGCUUCGAGUGCCAACGACGUCCCUUCAGAGACUUCUGCUGAGCUGCCAGCAAGACUACGGACUGCGUCGCUAGCUUCUGGACUCACAAGCUCGGACCCCUUUGCUUCCGGCAUCUUCUCGUCACCCACCUCUGCUUGGCCCGAUCGGACACGAGCCCAGAGUACACAGCUUACCGGCCGUCAUAUGCAGGAGCUCCGCGGGCGUGGGGCCACCAUUGCCAACCCGUCUUCCGUCGCGGCCGACAAGGCUUACCACCUAGAUGCUGCUGCGAAUAGUCUAGAACAGAAUAGGAUCAUGAUGGACAACUUGGGCCUGAGUGAGCCCAGAGCUGCAGACACUGAAGUCUACUCUGGCGUUGGAGGGGGAAGCAUCUCGGGAGCCAGCGGCGCUGUUGGCGCCAAUCGCUACAGUAUCUCCUCUAGUGUGUCCUCAAGCGCGGGUCGUGAUCGAGCCACUACACUAGCCGCUGCGACAGCUAGACCAAAAUUCGAUAGCAGCACAAGGGGCCGUAGUAGUAGCUUUGCUCCAAAUCAGAUCUUCGGCAACUACAGCAUCGAUGAAGAGUCGGCAGUACCAACGUCUAAUGUACGCUCGGGUCAGGACGCAGUUUCUCCGCUGUUGACAUUUGCUCAACAUGGCGGUCUCGCCAACAACGCUCUACAGCAGCGCCUUUCAUUGGAAACUGCAGGUGGAAGACAGGUCGGAAGGGGUCGCGCUACUUCGUUGAGCGUUCUCAACGACGCUGGCAGCCAUCACCCAGCUUCCGUACGCAACGAGGGCAGCCUCCAUCAGUAUCGCCCUACUGAGCAGCAGCAGACGUAUACCUCCGAGUAUGGCUCGGGCUACGGAAUGGCUCCAUCCCCUUCGACGCAAGGCUUCUUCUCUGAUGUGGUGACACAGGAGGCUCUCUAUGCUUGGGCAGCGGAACACAAAUUAGACCCAGUCGCCUUUGCCGAGGUUGCUGCAGCUUCGGGUGUCCUCGUUGCUCCUUCGUCUGCAGCAACCGAUCAAGAAGAAUUUGCACGAUCUGCAGCCACUACCCGAUUGAGAGCAGGGACUGUCGCGGUGCUUCCAAGUGGCGCAAGCUCAAGAAUGAGGGCCGAGCAGGAGUUGAUGCGGCUAGCAGGAGCAGGACCGCCUGCAUCAGAAGGCGAUUUGAGCUUCCAACAGCUCUAUCCCCGUCCAUUUGCAAGCAGUAGCUCGCCUGUCAAGGCGGCGGCAUUGGACAAUCACGUCCGAGAGAGAGGUAGCCCAGAGAAGGUACCCAACGCAGUCCACCAAGCCACAUCGCGCUCUCAUAACCACCAACAGCCAACAAGAAGUCUCUGGAUCGGCAACCUAGACGUCUCGACUACCGGUCAAGAGCUCAUGCAGGCCUUUGCACCAUACGGAGCUAUUGAGAGUCUUCGACUUCUACCGGAGAAGGAGUGUGGAUUCGUCAACUACGUAGAGACGGCCGAUGCUGUACGAGCGCGCGAGGAUGUCUUGCAUCGCCUGGGUGGCAAGAUCAAGCCUAAUGGCACGGGUCCUAAUGGUACGGUUAGGAUCGGAUUUGGCAAGAUCGAUUCUGCUCCAGAUUCAACUGCGCACGGCAACUCGGGCGUUACAUCUCCGAGAGGUGGAAAAUUCCGGCCUAUCAGUCCCAGUGACGGCGCGUCCCUCACCCCAGGAGGAGGAGAACGGGAUGAGAGUCUGCCUACGCGGGCCCUUUGGAUCGGCAGUAUCCCGAGUACCACUACACCCGCCACUUUGCUCAGUAUCUUCCAGCCGUAUGGGCCCAUUGAGAGUGCUCGGGUGCUGACGCACAAGAAUUGCGGAUUCAUCAACUUCGAACGAGUGGAUGAUGCUGUUCGAGCUCGGAAGAUGCUCAACGGUCGCGAUGUCUUGGGCGCAGAGGUAGGGUCGGUCCGGGUAGGUUUCGCCAAAGUCCCCAGCAAGCCUGCCGAUGAUGCUUUCCCUGGUGAGCCAUCGAGCGAAGGUUACGCCAGUGCCGUGGACUCUCUCGAUCGUCUCAAAGGCGCUAGCGGGGUCCCGGCCGAGCGUCAGGCGAUCGCGAGCAAUCUCGAUAACUAUCGAAGCCCGCUGGUCACUGAUCUCCUCAGUAACAAGCACGUUCAACAGCAGAAUCUGCUCGAUGAGCAGCACUUGGCUGGCGGUAUGCCUGCCCCACCUGGCGUCUCGGCUCUGGCCCUCUCCCAUACCCGCUCAGCCUCCCACUCAGGUCUCAGCGCUAGCAACAGCAUUGUGCCGAGCAGCGAUAAGGGUGGAGUGCCUCUACCUGCUGAGCUUCAGCCGAGACCUUCGGUGACAGACCUGCAACUGCUGAUGGAAGACUUGUCGACCCAGGACACCGAUGAGGAACGCGAAAGUCAUCUCACUGCUGUCAGACAGUUCCGCCCGCCGGCGACAUACUACACAAGCAUCCCCUUGGUGAGCGAGAUCAACAAUCCUAGACGUUUCGACUCGACAAAGCUGAGGGACAUGCGCAAGGGCAUCGAGUCUGGUCAAUACUCUCAGGCAGACAUUGACAACAUUGCCUCGAGCUUCCUCGAGUCCAUUGUCGACUUGGCGUCUGAUUAUAUCGGCAACACGGUGGUUCAGAAGUUCUUUGAGAAAUGUAGCGAGCCGAUCAAGACUGCAUUGUUGCAGCGCAUCGCACCUCACUUGGCAAUGAUCGGCAUCCACAAGAAUGGCACAUGGUCCGCACAGAAGAUCAUCGACACGGCUCAGACUCCAGAGCAGAGGUCGCUCAUCGCCCAACACUUGCGGCCGUACAUCCCUCCUCUCUUGCUCGAUCAGUUCGGCAACUACGUGGUGCAAUGCCUCUUGCCCUACGGUUCUUUUGCAGAAGCGGGAGAGCAACGAACAGGCUCGGACUUCAUCAUCGAUGCAAUGACCGAUCGCUGCUGGGAGAUUGCGCAGGGUCGCUUUGGAGCAAGAAGCAUGAGGGCUUGUCUGGAAAGUCCCAAGGUGACGAGGCUGCAGUGCAAGCGAGUAGCCAUUGCCAUCAUCCUCAACUCAGUACCUCUGGCAACGAGUCCGAAUGGCUCUCUGCUCCUCACUUGGCUUCUCGAUGCUUCUGAGCUACCAGGCCGCUUCAGACUGCUCGCGCCUCGCUUUAUGCCUCACUUGACACACUUGUGCACUCACAAGCUGGCGUCACUGACAGUGUUGCGAGUGGUGAACCAGAAUGCAGAGCCAGAGGCUGCGAGCAGGAUCAUGGGAGCACUCUUCGAGUCUCCCAAUGACGCCACACUGGAAGAGAUCCUGACGGAUCAGGUGCACGGUAGUCAGUUCAUCACAAAGGUGCUGCAGUCGCCUCAUAUUGACUUGAGCAGACGAGAUGGCUAUUGCGAGCAAGUCAAGAGAAUCGUUCGUGAGCACCGUUUGACGAGCGUGCCUGCCUACAGGAAACUCGUCGAGGACUUGGGCUUGCCAUUCCAGCCCAGUGGCCCACACAUGUUCGGCAACGGCAACGGUGCUCAGCACUCCGGUGGUGUGCCCGUCGUCCGAGCCGGAUAUCCAAUUGCUACCUCUCCUCAUACGAGUCACGCAUCUCAACACAGCAUGUCUGGUAUUGCAAACGGCUUGACGGGCUAUCCUACUUCGACCGCUCCUCGCUACGGCUCUCAUCAACAGCAGUACAGCUCGACUGCCUACUCUCACCCAGCCCAGUCGCCUCAAGCCCCACCGCGCCACUUCGGCCAACACGACCCGCAAUUUCGAGAUGCAUUCAACCCUUGGCCGAGCAUGUCCUCUUCCCCCGCCAGCACCGGAGGGUACAAUACUGGCUCGCCUACGCCGCCCAUCAGGAUGGGAGGGCGAAGCCCUGCUAAGACGCCCCCCACUCAGGGCGGUAGCGGCGGCCCAGGUGGGUCUGCCGCCGCGGGUCGAGGGGGAUAUGUGGCGACUCCUGGUUACUAGGUCGGGCAGCGAGGCGUGCCUGGCCUAGAGAUAGCAGUCCACAAGUAACAUGUGGGAGACGAUGAGUGCAGUCACCUCCCUCCUUUCUUCCCUCUUCCUAUUUUUCAACACUUUGUUCAAACUCUCAUCGUUUCGCCCCGCCACACUUUCUCCCCUUGUGUCAUUACGACUUUAUUCCAUUUCCUCCUCU